ACCCCGCGCCUUCCCACAGUGCUCCACGAGAGUCGCUAUGGAGGCCGGCAGGACAGCGGUGCUGCGCGUGAAGCGGAAGCGUAGCGCGGAGCCUGCGGAGGCUCUCGUGCUGGCCUGUAAACGCCUCCGGAGCGGCGAGGUUGCGUCGUCUGCUCCGGAGACGCCAGAGGGUCCGGAGACAGCGGCCGAGAGUAAUGUUUUCCAAUUGGUUGCGACCGUGCGCUCCCAGGAAGAGCCGAUCCAGCAGCUUGUGCGAGCUGCCCUGCGCCCGUCCCGGAGCAGCCAGCUGCGUAUUCGCCGCGAUCUUCGUGCCUCAGUUCGCGAGGUCCGUAAAGAGGGCCGCUACAAGGUAGUCUCCAGCCACCGAUCUUCGGGGAUCUCUAGUAGUUUGGAGCCCCAGUGUGUGUCAGAAGCUGUCGGGGAUGCCGGCUUCCAGCUGUUGGACCUGAUCCACGAGGAGGGAGACCCAGAGGCGGCUGCCACAGACUGCUGCCAAACAUCUGAUCCAGAUGUGAUCCUCUGCAAUUCGGUAGAGUUGAUCCGUGAGAGGCUGACUGUAUCUGAAGAUGGACCACGAGUGGAACACCAAAAUGAACCAAAGCAUAAUGAUGACUAUGUAUAUGACAUUUACUAUAUGGAGAUGGCCCCUCCAGGAUGGAUUGAAAACAUCUUGUCUGUGCAGCCCUACAGCCAGGAGUGGGAGCUGGUGAAUGAUGAUCAGCAACCAGAAGACACAUAUGAUGAUGAAGAUGAUGAAAACAGUGAAAAUAAUUGGCGAAAUGAGUACCCAGAUGAAAAAAGCAGUGAUGGAGAUGAAGAUUCUAGAGGCUCUAAUGAAUACAACAGCUUCAGUGAGGAGGAAAGAGACAGCAGGCACUUGGUAUGGAGCAAGUACCCUUUGGAUGUGCAGAAGGAGUUUGGCUAUGAUAACCCCCAUGAUCUGGAUUCAGACUGAUGGUCUCAUGAGAUUCUUCCACAAGCCCUUGAGGGCUCAGUGACUACACUACCAUCAUCUUAGGAUGCCUAACUGAACAUGUAGAAAGAAAAACUACCCCAGCACAGUAAAGACUUAACUAAGGGCUCUUCUACUUGUAAGUGCUAAGUGAAGCCAAGAAUGCUGGCUCAUGCCUGUAAUUUCCAGCAUUCAAGAAUCUGGGAGCAAAAGGAGCACUGAAAAUGCAAGGCUAGCCUAGGCUACAUAGAAAGUUCUAGGCUAACCUGGGCAAAAUAAGAUUCUAUUAAAAGAACAAAAAUAGUAAGUGAUCCUACCGUCUGGAAAAUAAAAUGAUGUAAAACCUCCAGCUCAGGUGGUUUUUCUGUCAUUCUACUUCUGUGCUCAAGCCUAAAAGGAGUUUGUGAGAGGAAGCUCUUUAUUUCAUCAGCAGUAUAAUUUACCUUCCCUACUGGAGUGCCUGCCUCCAGUGAAGCCUGUUUUCUUUGAUGGAAGUCAUCUCUACAAGGGCAACAGUGGCUCCCCUGCCUGAGCUAUGGGAGACCCCACUCCACCCCUGGACUCUGAUAAUGGUUGUAAUGACUGCUGUGAUCUUUUGGCAGUGGUGCCAAGGAACAGUAUUAUGUGAUAUUCUUUAAUAAAAAAUAACUUUAUA